AUGUAUUUAUGGCGCGAAAUACUGUAUAAAAUGAGUAAAAAGUUGAAAUUGACAGCUUUAUCGACGUCGAGAUCUUUAAGAUCUAAUCAACGAAUUAAUGGCGUAACGUUUUCAAAAGAAUCACCUUAUUUUGAUCGGCAAGAUGAUAAUCCGUCUAAGGCAGACCAUGUCAAAAACGAUAACUCAAUGGAAAUUCAAAAUAAAACUGAUGAGGAGAUUGUGUCAGAAACGAUUAAUGAAUCAAGAAAAUCAAAGAGUAAAAGAGUUACCAAGAAACGAAAUGUGUCAUUAAAAAUAGAAUAUGAAGAAUUAAAUAAAGUUGAACAAAAGGAUGAAAGCAAUAAAGAAGUUUUUAUGACAAAAAUAGAUAAAGAAAAGGAUGAAAAACUCCAAGUAGAAAAUACGUCUGGUUGGAUGCCAUCCAAUUGGAAACGUAUUUUAGAAAAUAUACAAGAAAUGCGAAAGUAUAAAACUGCACCAGUAGAUGAGAUGGGUUGUCAUAAAUGUCCUGAUCCAAAUGCCAAUGAUUCAAUCUUUAGAUAUCAAUGUUUGUUAGCAUUGAUGUUAAGCAGUCAAACCAAGGAUCAAGUAACACAUGCAGCUAUGAAACGUUUAAUUUCUUAUGGUUGUAUACCAAGCAUUAUAAUAGCUACACCUAAUGAUGUUCUUGUAAAGCUUAUACAACCAGUUGGAUUUGCAAAUAUAUCAAAUUAUUUUCAGAGAAAAGCUGAAUAUAUCAAAAGAACUUCUGUUAUUUUAGUGGAUAAAUAUAACAGUGAUAUUCCAAAGACUAUAAAAGAAUUGUGUGAUUUACCUGGGGUAGGUCCAAAGAUGGCACAUAUUUGUAUGCAAAUAGCAUGGGGAGAAGUAAGUGGUAUUGGGGUAGAUACACAUGUACAUCGUAUUUGUAAUAGACUUAAUUGGGUAAAAAAGUCAACAAAAACACCAGAAGAAACAAGGAAAGAACUGGAGGAAUGGUUGCCUAAAGAUCUUUGGAAUGAAAUAAAUUAUCUCCUUGUUGGAUUUGGACAAGAGAUUUGUUUACCUCGUUUUCCUAAGUGUAAAGAAUGUCUUAAUAAAGAUAUUUGUCCUUUUGCUAAAAAAAAAUGAAGUAGAAGUAUAUAAAAAGUAUUAUUAUAUAUCUUUAUUAAAGUUGCAUUAAAAAUAUUUUUCCUAUAAUUAAAAACAAUAUUUAUAU